AUGGCUGCAGUUUCUGAGCAAGACGAGGAGGAUACAUUUUUGGCAGUCUUUCCAGAUUCCUCGAAGCUUGAUGCCUAUGGUAUGGCUUUAGACGACCUUGGGGUCUUCGAGGCGGCUGGCUUCAACCGAGAUCAAGUUGGCAUGCUGGCCACAUAUGGUUUCGUUGACUUUCCAGGUGUGCGCACCUUGCUGCGAGGCAUAGCCGAGCGCCUGCGUCCAGGUUGUGUGGACCUUCGGCAGGCUUUGGCCGGAAUGCGCUUCCUGGAUCUGGGUUCCGGUGAUGGCCGUGCAGUCAUUGGCGCCGCUGUUUUGGCACCGACGUUGGUAGAGUCUUCCGGCGUCGAACUCUCUCUAUCCCGCCACGAGCUGGCUGUCCGAAACAGGCGCCGACUCCCUCAAACGAUCCGAGACAUUGUGCAGUUUCAGCAGACCGACAUUUUGCAG